AUGUCCGCCGGACAUCUUGCGAGAAAUCGCUCCAUCUCAAUGAGCUCCGGCCAUUCUUCGAGACAGAAGAUGGCUACACUGGCGGAGAUAAGUCAAAGCAUGCCGGCAGGAGCAUCUCGGGACUUUGAGCCAUGUGCGGCAACAGCGUCGAUGUUCUUGUAUGCGCAGGGGAACUCGGUUGUCUGCUGUCAUCAUGAUACACUUACAAUCGAAAGACGGUUUUCGAGGCAUACAGAGGAGAUUUCGAUACUGGCCGUAGAUAAUGUGAGCGACAGAGGCGCCGGAAGACUAGUGGUCAGUUAUGAUGUCGGACAAACAGCAAUUGUAUGGGAUUGCAUGACUGGAGACGAAAUUGCAAGAUUUGCAUCGUAUGAGAAUCUUACAGUCGCGGCUUGGAUGAGAAACGGCAAUGUUGCUUUUGGUAAUGCGCAAGGAAAUGUUAUUUUAUUCGAACCGUCCACAUCUGAGCAUAUAUCUGCAAGAACGAUAGAUCAGAUACCAAUUACUGCAUUAGCACCAGCUGCUGAUUGUAGAACAUAUGCCAUUGGUUUUGCCAAUGGAUCACUUUUAAUUGCUGCUUUGCAGCCAAGAUUUACCAUUCUUCAUAAUUUGAGCACUUCUAGAGGACCUUCGCCAAUCGUUACGUUAGCGUGGCAUGCUUCCUCAUCACGUCAAAAAUCCGAUAUGCUGGCUACUCAAACAAAUGACGGUGAUUUACGUGUGUGGAGUAUUGCCAAAUCUCCUACUAGCAGCGAUACUGCAAAGGUGGUCAGAGUUCUGAAACGCUCUGAUCAGUUCCAACCUGGUCCAAAUUGGUUAGCAUGGUCCAAAAAUGGACGGAUUAUACAAUAUUCAGAAAGCGAAACGUCAUCGUGGGAUGUUCGUACAAAGCAUGUCACUUUUGAUCCCAUACCUACGCUGGCGAAUGUAAGAGGUCUUGCUGUGUACGGCCCAGGAGCAUCGCUGUUCACUUUGGGACCAAAUAAUACGGCGCAGCAAUAUGAUCUAAAUAUUCCAGCGCAGCUGGUUGCGAAUGUGCAGCACCCAGCCAAUCUGCUUCCUCCCUCGCCUCCAGUAUCGAUCGAGGAGCAGAAAAAGCAAAAUUCCUCAGCGGUGCCGCCGAAUGCAGUGUUGUCCGCCGUACCUAUUAAUAUUGAGAUUUCCGAAAGUGACGAGGAUGUCAUGUCUCCUCUAGCAACAAUGGCCCGCCAAAUGGAUCGGUUUGAGCAGGAGCGAGAAGAGCCUGAUCGUGGUGGAAACAUCAGUCCUGUUUCUUCGAGAAGUAGGGCAUCUACCACUUCUAGGUCAUCGGCUGGCUCUCGCGUUCACCAAGGAUACAGAAAACCACCUCAGAAAACCAUGUCCGUUGCUUCACGUGAUAUGUCCGAAGCCGCAACAACCAUGUCUGUAGGAUCCACGAUACAUACCCGCGCGCCUUCAGUUGCUUCGCGCGAUAGUUUUUCGAUGAGCAGUGUUACAUCCUCUCACGUAUCGCGUGCGUCGAGACGUGGUGGCUCUCGGCUACGACAGGAAAUUCUCAACAGUCCAGAGGAACAGAAGGUGGUGGAUCUCUUCAAGUUCGCCAAAGCUAGGUUGACCGACGUUCCAUAUAGCCAUCCCGGCAUUUUGGAUAACACUCGGUUGACGGUCAACGAUCUGAGGCUGCAAAUGCUGAGAACGAUAUUUGGAUGGCAUGGUGAGGCUGAUACACUAAUUCAAGACGAGAUUAGCAGACAUCCCCAAGGUGCACCGCAACGUCUUCUGCUCGCAAAAUGGAUUGGCGAUAUCGACCCUGACAUCAUGGCCAAUAGCUCCGAAUCGAUGACUUCGGCGGAUUGGAUGUUGCUAGCUUUGAGCGGUAUUGGUGGCACAGCGUCGCAGGCAAAGGUCGCUCGUGCGUAUGUUCAACGCUUGCUCGAGAAAGGUGAUGUACACACAGCUGCAACGAUCUUGAUCGGUAUGGGAGACCAGAAUGAUGCCAUCGAGGUCUACGUGUCUCAUAAACGAUACAUGGAAGCUGUGAUUCUGACUUGCCUUGUUUAUCCAGCGGAUUGGUCGAGACAAGCGGAGUUGGUAAAGAAAUGGGGUGGAUGGGCCGUUCAGCAUAGUCAGCAACAAUUGGCCAUCAGAUGCUUUUCCUGCACGGAAUCUGAAUCCACGGAACCAUGGUUCUCGCCAUCAGCUCAAGCACUCACCUUUUCACAAAUGCAAUCACAGAGCAUUCCAGAACUGCUCAGCCCUCCACUGUCACCUCCAGGUCCACGAGGUCCGCAGCGCAGCAUUGCCAAAACGUCUGCACUCAAGCUUAUUACCUCAUUUGGUGACAAAGCUGGAAAAGCGAAAUUCUUUGGACUUGGGGAUGAUGACCGGACCCCAGUUGGUGGAGGGGUUACACCAAUCGCAGAGUCAGCGAUUUCACCCCAUGGCGGUGAUAUGACCGCCUUCCUCAGACCAAGUAACCGCAGCGUCUUGAACACCCCAGCAUCUGCUAGAACCGCUACUCCAGGCGGCUUCUCAAGACAACGACUUCCGUCAAUUGGAGAGAUGCCAUCUGAUGUUGUCAUUCCUCGACGACACCUGGAACCUAUCAAGCUUUCCACCCCUGCUGACUCUGGAUCUGAUAGAGAGAACAAAGCCAUGCAAUCGCGCACAGGAGGAAACGCUUCUCACCCUGCUAAUUUACAGCUCAACUCAGCGACUUAUGAUCCAAUCAGCAGAGCUUCAACCGCCAGUCCAAUGAUGGAAAAGGCAAGAUUCAAGUUGCAGCCAUUGCCAUCUCCUUCGCCGGAGUCUUUCAAUCGUCUGCAAAAGAGCGCCGCAAACCGUCAACGCAAUGGCUCACGUACUCGAAAGCCCGAGGAUUUGACACUCAACUGGCCACCCAUGGAGUCAAUCGUUACAGGUGAUUACAUGACAUCUCCCGAUCCGUCCGUGGCUUCCUCGAGGGUCACCACAGCCUCUCGUUCAGUGGCCGGAUCUGUCGCUUCGUCCACCAGGAGCCCAGUUGCGAGCGAGAGAAGUUACAGAAGUGACGUGGCAAGUCCCGUUGUCACAGGUAGAAGUAUCGAUGAGUAUAUCAGCAGUCUCGAUUCCGCUCGUUACCACAAGGAACAAUCUCGUCCAAGGCACGAAAGCCGUGAUAGACAUACAAGGGCCCGCAGCUCUAGCAGGAAGCCAAGGGCAAGAGAACCAUCCGAGGAUCGUUCUCGUAAUAAUGCUCGCUAUAUCAAACCGGCUAAACGUUCCCCAACCUCGCCCGUCCCAAUGUCGCCAGAAGAUCUCAUUGAUCUUAGCUCUGUAAAGGACGUCGCAUUUUCACCAACAGAGUCAACGACAACCACCACGACAACAGCAACAAGGCAGCCACGCGAAAGCAGUCGAUCAAGAGUAAAAUCCUCCCGGAAUACCAGCAGAGUUCGUCGUGUCUCACCGGAGCCACCUCGAACACAAGGCCGGGCAUCAAGUCGUGCUCCAAGCAGAGCUCCUAGCCGCAGUACCAGCCGUCGACCAAGUCCAGGACGUGUGACCAUGAUCGAUACCAAGUCUGCCAGAGGUAGAAGCCAAGGCCGCGAGGGUUCUGGAAUGCGCUCUCCGUCUUCUCCUCUUCCUAUGUCUCCGCAGGCGAAAUUCUACCAGGAUGAAGAUGACGAAGACUUGAGAAGGGCACAUGAAGAUCAAAUGCGGUUCAGAGAAACGAGGUCUCGAAACAGAAGCACCAGUCGAAUGAGAGAUCGCAGCACUGCUCGACAAGAAUCCCCGGAAAGAAGACGAAGAGAUCGCUCAAGCAGCCGCCGUCCCACUGAGAGAGAUGCCAGUAGAGCUCGAAGAGAGCCAUCUGUGAGACCUGAGAAACAGACAUCUCACGUCCGAUCAAUGUCUCAGAUGUCCAGGGCCCGGUCUGUUUCGGGUCGCGAUGCUGGAGACUUGAAUCUGGUGAAAGAUGCACGAACCCUUAAGAAAGAGCAAGCAGCUCGUGAACUGGAAGAAAGACGCAAAUCUUUGGCCUUGAGACCAAUGGCACCCCCAAUUGUCCACCCAGAGGAAAUCGCCACUCUUUCCCCGAUCAGCUACCGUCGCCAACAAUCGCCAGAGCUUCAUCGUUCUCUUUCUAGGUCCAGCCAACACCCACCUCGAAGCCAGACAUCAUCGCCUGCUUACCACAAGGAUGGAAGUGGUUCUGCUGUGCAAGUUGGACUCCCCGCAACACCAAAGGCUAUGAAACACCCAAAGUACGAUCCAGAGGGAGAUGUCAUUCCUGAUGUUCCUUCCAUUCCGGAAAAGUAUGACUCCAGCUCUGGUGCAACAUCUCCACCAGGUUCGAACUGGGGAAGUCUAAAUGCCAUUUCCUACAACAGUGCAUUUGAGACUCUCGGCCCGCUUCCAAAGACGACUUAUGCGGCGACUCCAAGACGUGUACCCUCACGCUGCGCAUCGGCUCCAAUUCCCGAAGAGCCACCUCUUUCCCCUAACCCGCUUCCUGCUGCUUUGCCAAUGCACCCAGCUUUCCAAGCGGCGCUUCCACCAAGUACUCGACGACGAAAUCCAUCAGACUCGAACUCCCAAAAGUCCCCAGGAAUGCCAUCGCCCCGAAAGAUUAACCCAGGAGAAUCGCAACCAGGCACGCUUGGUUAUGAGACUCGGAAUAACAGUCCUGUCUACUCGAGCCAUCCACCAUCCGUUAUGGGCGGUAUCGAUGGAGUGAUUCAAGCAGAGCGCCAAUCGAUGUCCUCGAAGGACAAUUUGAUACCUCCUCCACCUCCGCCACCCCCAGCACCACCAAUUUUGUCCCAGCUACAACAUCUAGCAACUCCUCCACCACCACCUCCGGCUCCUCUAUUUAAUCCAAACAACACUCAUUCCAUGGUCUCUGGCGUCUCCACUGGUUCAGGCGAUAUUGAGAUAGUAAUGGACGACGAUGCCGACACAAGAUCCAUGGCAGGCGAAGCACUUUCACCACCCCUACCACCAUUCGCUCAGGGGCAUGUUCGCAAAAACUCUGUUGGAUCGAAUGGACAUGCUCGAGGUCGCAGUGAGAACAACAAUACCAUAUCUGGACGCUUUUCUCGCGCUGCCGAACGUUUACGAUCGGCUUCUCGUGGUCGAAAUUCCCCAGGCCUAGAUAGAACAAAGAGCCCACCAAUUGAGCAAUUCAGAGAACCUGGACCAUACGAGAGUGUUCCUCCUCCAGCAGGAUGGAAUCCAAGCAGACGACCCAGCAUCAGCUCACCUAGUCUAACAGGCGGAAACUUGACAGAACGCCACCCCAGAGAGGUCAAAGCUGCCAUGAACCAGAUGGAAGGCGGAAUGAUCUGA